CGCUGUAGUUUGUGCUGUUCCAUUCUCUUUUUACGCCGCCUGCCUAGCUGUUCUGCGCAUCGCUCUCUCCGCCCCCCGCGCUCUUCCCUGCUUCGGCCCCCCUCCCCGGGUUUCACUUUUCAAGAUGGCCGCCGCAUCAGCUCGGGGUGUCUCCGCGCUCCGCCGCUGCUGCCUGCUGGGGCUCCCGGUGUGAGCGUACCCUUGCAGUAUUUGUCACCUGUCUCGGGAAACCAUUGGCAACAUCCAGCUGCACAUUUCUACCAUUCUUUCAACCUGUCCACGAAUUUGGUGUUUGGAGAGGCAGAGGAUAGAGGGGCCUGUCGUAUGCUAUGUUGAGUAAGCCUCUGGGCAGUGCCAGCCUCCUUUCCUCCCUCCAGGACCAGGGCUAAACCUCUAUGGAUAUACAGUCACAAUGGUAAAACUGGCAAACCCCUUGUACACGCAAUGGAUCCUGGAGGCCAUCAGGAAGGUGAAGAAACAGAAGCAGCGUCCGUCAGAGGAGCGGCUCUGCAAUGCCGUGUCAACUUCUCAUGGCCUUGACCGCCACACUGUAUUGGAGCAGUUGGAACUGAGCGUUAAAGAUGGGACUGUUCUCAAGGUCACAAACAAGGGGCAAAACUCUUACAAGGACCCUGAUAAUCCAGGUCGAUUGGCUCUGCCAAAGGCCACAAAGACUCAAGGGCGGCCAGAGGGUUUAGAUUGGCACCGGCUUCUCAAGCGGGCAAUUGAGAGCCUGGAAGAACCAGGUGGCUCCCCACUGAAAAGUAUCGAGCGUUUCUUGAGAAAUCAGCGUGAUGUGAAUGCAUCCUUUGGGGGGAAUACUGGCACAUCAUCAGCUUUCCACCAGCAGCUACGGCUUGCAGUGAAACGGGCACUGGCCCAUGGGAGGAUUCUUAAAGAAGGAUCCCUCUAUAAGCUCAAUAUCAAGUUGUCCGAAGGAAAACAGGGGUGGGAUUCACUGGCCUCCCUGCCACCCGUUUGCCUGUUACCCCAUGAGAAGGACAAGCCUCCCUUGCCCUUCUGCUAUGUGCCCUGUUCCUGGGAGUCGUGCCAGCGAGUGGAUGGGUCUUCCUGUAGGAGGACGUGCCAGUGUAUUCUAGGAAGGAAGCUGGAUUUGCCGGUAGCCGAACCCAUUCCAAUAUGCAGUUUUUGUCUGGGAACGAAAGAGUCAAACAGAGAGAAGAAACCAGAAGAGCUUAUAUCCUGCGCAGACUGUGGGAACAGCGGUCACCCGUCCUGUUUGAAAUUUUCUCCCGAGUUGACCAUGCGUGUGAAGGCUCUUCGCUGGCAGUGCAUUGAAUGCAAGACUUGCAGCUCGUGCCGAGACCAGGGAAAAAAUGCAGAUAAUAUGUUGUUUUGUGACUCUUGUGACCGUGGGUUUCAUAUGGAGUGCUGUGAGCCCCCUCUCACAAGGAUGCCGAAAGGCAUGUGGAUAUGUCAGAUUUGCCGGCCUCGGAAAAAAGGUCGGAAGUUGCUACACAAAAAGGCUGCGCAGAUUCGACGACGUUACACUAACCCCAUUGGGCGUCCAAAGAACCGCUUAAAGAAGCAGAGUUCAGCGACAAACCCAUCGUUUGGUAAAGGCAGAGGAGGACCCGGUCGAGGCAGGAAGCGCAAGCUUUCCAUGUGCUCGACGUCCUCUGAAGAUGAUGGCAGAAGCUCCGAGGACCACAGAGAUUGUGACACAUCUGUUCCCUUCAAUAAGAAGACAAAGGGCCUUAUCGAUGGCUUAACAAAGUUUUUCACUCCAUCGCCUGAUGGACGAAAAGCACGGGCAGAAGCACUGGAUUAUUCCCUGCAACGUUCACGGAAGAGGGGGCCUCGCAAAUCUGGCCUGGCAGAUUGGGACAAUCAAGAAGGCUGGGAUAGCAAGCUGGAUGGCGAGGAUCACCCAGGAAUGAUAUUGGAAAGGGAAUUUGCGCUCUUCCAGGAUAUCCAGGAACAGGCACUGCAGAAGGUUGGAGUAAGUGGCCCUCCUGACCCGCAGGUGCGCUGCCCAUCUGUCAUCGAGUUUGGGAAAUAUGAGAUCCAGACCUGGUAUUCCUCUCCUUAUCCACAGGAGUACACAAGACUUCCUAAGCUGUACUUGUGUGAGUUCUGUCUCCGAUAUAUGAAAAGCCACACAAUGCUGCAGCAGCAUAUGAAGAAAUGCAAUUGGUUCCACCCACCUGCCAAUGAGAUUUACCGCAAGGACAACCUUUCCGUCUUUGAGGUGGAUGGAAAGGUGAACACCAUCUACUGCCAAAACCUCUGCCUUCUGGCCAAGCUCUUCCUCGACCACAAGACCCUUUAUUAUGACGUGGAACCCUUUCUCUUCUAUGUGCUGACGCAGAAUGACUCAAAAGGCUGCCAUCUUGUUGGAUAUUUCUCUAAGGAGAAGCACUGCCAGCAGAAGUACAAUGUGUCCUGCAUCAUGAUUCUUCCACAGUACCAGAGAAAAGGAUAUGGUCGCUUUCUUAUAGACUUCAGUUACCUACUUUCUAAACGAGAGGGGCAAGCAGGAUCCCCUGAAAAGCCACUUUCCGAUCUGGGCCGUCUCUCUUACAUGGCGUACUGGAAGAGUGUGGUACUUGAGUGUUUACAUCACAACCAAGAGCAUCAACUAAGCAUCAAAAGGCUCACCAAGCUGACUGGCAUCUGCCCCCAGGACAUUGCAGCCACCUUGCAGCAGCUACGUAUGCUGGAACUUCGUGGAGACCGUGUUGUGUUGGUUCGCCGGGAACAACAAAUCCAGGCACACAUGAGUCGCUUGCAGGCCCGGCCACGGGAAGUAGACGUGGAUCCAGAAGCUUUGAGGUGGACGCCAGUUAUUGUCACCAACUCUGUGGUCUCCAAUGAUGAAGAAGGGGAAUCUGAAGAAGACGGAGAGGAGGAGGAUGAAGAGGAGGAAGACGAAGAACAAAGAAGUCCUUUGAAAGACAGCAGCCAACAGGUCCUGAGAAGUAUCUCGAGAGAAUUUGAAAGAGAAACCUGUCCUGUUUUGGAAAAGGAGAAGAGCCCACCUACACUCCGUCUCUCUUCCCCAAACUCUCGUUUUGCAAACUCUCGCCAGUUCCAGGACUUGCUUCGGGACAGUUUACCUGCCAAUAGUCAGCCUCCGGGAAGAGGCCGAAGAGGGAGACGUGGGCGGAGGGGAAGAGGCUUUGGGUCUUCCAGUCGUGCUGCAGACCUAUUAAGGCUGCUUGCCAGGGAAACCCCUGGGCCUCCAAGGCGAAAUGGGGAGAGAGGUCGCUCUGGGUCAAGAAGGGGAAGACUGAAGAGGCUGGCAGAUCCAAUGCUGCGCAGAGACUUCUUAGAGCAACAGGAAAGGCUGGCUCAGCAUUUUGAUAGUGAGCACCCACAACUAAGACGUUUCAGUGAAAGCAGUGAAGAGGAGGAUGAAGAUGAAGAAGAGGAGAAUAACAGCCUACGUUCUGAUUCCCCGCCCAUCCUCACCAAGCCCACUCUCAAACGCAAGAAGCCUGGCGCACACAGAAGACGUCGGGUCCGAAGACGCAAGCAUCACCACAACAGCAGCGUAGUAACAGAGACUAUUUCUGAGACUACCCAAGUCCUAGAUGAGCCCUUCGAUGACUCUGACUCGGAGCGUCAAAUGCCAAGACUAGAGCCUGAAGAGGAGGGCAGUGACCGUGGUACUCCUUUCUCUCCCAGCUACUUCCCUUACCUCACUCCAUACCCCCUGCUGAGGCAUAAUCGACCAUUGGGCAAAAGCAGAUCAAACACAGAACAAUCCCAAGGGUCAACUGUACAGCCUCCUGUCUCUACCAUACGAUCCACAGAAGGGUCAGCCUCUUUACCAGAUUCUUCUAAUCCUGCGCCUGUCAAGAAGAAGGGUUGGCCUAAGGGUAAAAGUAGAAAACCGCUGCACUGGAAGAAACGCCCGGGACGUAAACCAGGUUUCAAAUUAAAUCGUGAGCCUCCACCGCCAGUUCCAACUAGUCCUCCUCCUGCUAGGCCUGGACGAAAGUCAAGAACCCAAGAGGAGGAAGAGCCUACCAGAGAAGAAUCUCCUGAGAGAAAGGAGCCAGAGAAGGAAAUUGUAGAACCUGUAACUGAAAAGGCUGCAGAAGAGGAUACUGUUGUGCAACCAUCCUCUCCAUCUGAGAGCAGUAGCUGUAGCGAAAGCUCAUCAAGGGAGGUUGAAAAUCAACCAGCGUCACCAGAAAUGCAGGUGCAAGCUGGAGAUGAACCUCCGGCUGUUACAGAGGAGGCUGAUCGAGGAGAAGAGGAGAGAACCCUAGAGGAAAAGCCUGAAACAGCAACUGUUUCCAAUCAGCAGGAGGACCAAGAUGCAGAUGAUGAAGAUGAGGGUGCCAAGGAGGCUGAGGAAGGGGAGGAAUUGCAGCCGGAACUAGUACCUGAAGAACCCGCACCACAGGAGCCUUGUGAAGUUAGUAGCAGUGUAGAAGACGACAAAGGGGAUGGUGCACAGGAGGCAACAGAAGGGCCUGAUCCUCCUUCCUGCUUAGAGGAGGCAGAGGAAUGUCAAGAGAAAGUAGAGGAAGAGCAGAAAGAGGAGGAAGAAGAAGAAACAGAGGAGGUUAUACCUCACACGGAGUUGGACCUGGAGACUGUGCAAGCUGUGCAGUCUCUAACCCAGGAGGAGAGCAGCGAGCGUGAUGAUGGCCCAUACGGGGACUGUGAGGAUGAGACCCUUGCAGCAUGUCAGACUUUGCAGAGUUUCACUCAGGCAGAGGAAGACCCCCAGCUAAGUUUAUCUGAAGAGUGCCAUCCUUCUGCCCACGAUAGCCCUAUUUCCUCUGUUCAUUCCCACCCCAGCCAGUCUGUGAGAUCAGCAAGCAGCCCAAGCGUUCCACAAACUUUGGAGAGUAAUGGAACUAGUGUGUACCCACAGAUUAGCCCAGAUGCGGGCUCCCUGUCUGCUCCUUCUAUACAGAACUUAGAUACCACCAGCCCCAUGAUGGAUGUUCCCUCUGUGCCCGACCAUUCUCAGCAGGUGGUGGAUAGCGGUUUCAGUGACCUCGGUAGCAUUGAGAGUACUACAGAAAACUAUGAAAACCCCAGCAGUUAUGACUCCAGCAUGGGGGCUGGCAGUAUUUCCUCACAGAGCAGCUGUUCUUAUGCUAGUAGCAGCAAUGCUAAUGGAGGAGGGGGCAUGCAAUCCACGGCCAGCUUGGCACAGAAUGGGUGUGCUGUGAAUCAGCAGAUGGCUGGCAUGGCAAGCAUGUUGCAGCCAGCCCAAGCUUGUGGCAUUAAGUCACCCCAGAGCUGUGCUUCAGAGCGACCUCCCAGCAACAAUAACCAGCCACCACCACCGCCUCCUCCCCCUCCACCAUUGCCUCCCCAGCCACCCCCACAACAGCAGCAGCCCCCAAUGUCACAGUGCAGCAUGAACAACAGCUUUGGCCCCUCACCAAUGAUCAUGGAGAUCCCAGACCAGAGCAAUGGCGGCAACCUCAGCAUCUAUCCCGGGGAUUUUGGGGCUGGUGGUUACACUCAGCCCUCUGCCACCUUUAGCCUGGCAAAACUGCAGCAGCUCACCAACACCAUCAUGGACCCUCAUACUAUGCCUUACAACCAUGCACCGGCAGUCACCUCCUAUGCAAACAGUGUGGCCCUUUCCAACGCAGGCCUUUCCCAGCUCACCUCCUCCCACCCUCUAACUGGGGCACCCCAAGCACAAGCCACCAUGACCCCCCCUCCUACCAUGAACCUCCUUCAGUGCAACAUGUCGGCGGGCAAUCUUGGCAUUCCACAUAGCCAGCGUAUUCAAAGCCAGAUGCCUGUCAAGGGGCACAUUUCCAUCCGCUCCAAAUCUGCCCCACUUCCUGCUGCACCAUCCCCUCACCAGCAGCAACUGUACGGACGCAGCACACCAGGCAUGCAGUCAUCCGCCAGAGCACUCUCCGUCCAGCGGAGCAUGAACAUGGGCGUCAACCUCAUGCCCACCUCCCCGUACAAUGUCAACACCAUGAACUCGCUCAAUGCUAUGGGCAGCUACCGCAUGUCCCAGCCCAUGGUCAACAGCUCGUAUCAUAGCAACGCAGCCUAUAUGAACCAGACAUCACAGUAUCCCAUGCAGGUUGGCAUGGGCAUGAUGGGUGCCCAGGCCUACACCCAGCAACCUAUGCAGCCGAAUCCCCAUGGAAAUAUGAUGUACACCCCUCCUCCGCACCACUCCUACAUGAAUUCCCCUGCAGUUCCCAAACAAACUCUAAACUCCCCCUAUAUGAGGAGAUGAGGGUGCCACCCCAAAAAAGCCCACCUGCCACUCACCAUUCUCGUGCAGACUAUAAAUAAGGCCUUUUAUACUGACAGGACUUUUAUCCCUCUCCCUUAUUAUCCCUUGCUGUAGAUUUAUUAUUAUAUGUUUUUUUUUAUUGUUAUUUUAUUUCCCCCGUGCAAAAAAAAAUAUAAUUUUGUUGGGGUUUUCCAGAUAUUUUUCUUUUCUGUAGAAAGGUUCUUUUAUUCACUCUAUCUCUUUCUCCAGUUUAUACAAAUGUUGGCAGGGAAAAAAAAAAUUCCCCCCUCAGUUCCAUUUUUAUUUUUUUUUUGUUUUUUUUAAAUAUAAUGGAAGCAAAAAAAAAAAAAAAAAUAUAGCAGAUAUAAAAAGCAGCUCUAGCGGGAAAAUCGCACGGAAAUAGGAAAAAAAUCUUGUUUUUAGAAAUCAAGUUUAAAAGAAAAAUAUUAAGAAAGACAAAAAAAAUAUCUAACCCUGUAGCCUUAUUGAGUCGCCAGCUGUAACCCAGCCACCGCGGCAAGCGUAUAUUUUCAACGUGCAUCCGCUCU